AUGUGUGUGUGCUGCCUGCAGCCGUUCAAGUUCCUGCUCAACUCCAAACGUCAGUGUCUGGACUGUCAGAUGUUCACCUGCAAAUCCUGCUCCCGCUACAACAAGAAAGAGCACGGCUGGGUGUGCGACAACUGCCGCAUGACCAGGGUCCUGAAGAUGGGGACUCUGGGCUGGUACCACGAUAACGUUCGGAACCGCUUCAAGAGGUUUGGAAGUGCCAAAGUCAUGAGGUCUCUGUACAAAAGACUGAACGGAGACGGUCGCGAUGACGACACACAGAGCAUGCCCGACGUCCGCUCACAUUACUAUAAUGGAAUUGAUGAGGAGUAUGGAGACAUGGAUGCACAAAGAUACAAGGCUAUGAGGAAGAACAAACGUCUGCUUUCGGUUCACCCCAUGGACUUUGACUCUGAGGACUACUUCCCCUAUUCCCGCCGUCCCUCUGUCCAGCUAAUACAAGAGGAACGGGGUUUCAUGGAUGGUGAUUUUUACGCCCAUCGAGCAAACCGAAGAAAGAGUCUGGAUCGGUACAACAUGAGAGCAGACGACUACGGUGACAGCCGCAUGGUCCGCACUCGCUCUUUGUCUAAGAUCUCGGCGGUGGCGCGGCAGCAGUACGUGGACACGUCCGAUGAAGAGGACCAACGCUUCCCAGUGCAUGGACCGCACCGCCGCAGGAACAGCCGGGGCUCCCAGGACCAGGCCCCACCAAUGAAUGAACUCAGCAAGAGGAUGUUUGCCAUCGAGAAUCUGCUGACUCGUCUGGAGGAAAAGAUAGGCCCCGAGGAACAGACGGAGGAGGAUAAACUGCGCCGUAAGCUGAGUGAACUGGCGGGAAACCUCAGUGACAGGAACCUCUCCUCUGACGACGAAAGCAGCUCCAAGAAGGCCCUCAACAAAGCAUCCAAAAGCAAGACCAGGACCAGAGCCGCAGAGUCCAAAGAGGCUGAGGCAGACCCCGCCCUCAGCUCCUCCAGCGACGAGGGCCCCGGCAAAGCCCAGAAGACUUCGAGCGCGGCGGCCCUCUGUGACCUCACCACUGAGGUUCUGAGGACCAUCAACGCCACAGAGACGGCCAUGGUCGAGCUGGGUCUGAGCGAGCCCCCCCCCGCUAACUCCCCCAAAGGCCUCCCCAACGCCUCUGACCAGGCCUUUAAGGAGCUGGAGCAAAAUGUUUACUUGGCUGCAGGGAAGUCCUACGAUCUGGAAGGGAAGCUGAAGCGCCUGGAACACGGCGCAAAGAACCGCUUUGUAGGAACCGCAGACUCUGACCUGUCGGAGCUGGAGGAUGUAGUUGCCCUGACCGCGGCCCGCGUCCAGAGCGCCGAGAGCGAGGUGUCGGAUAUUGAGAGUAAACUGGCUGCACUGAGCAGUGGAUCCAAGAAGAAGGCGUCUUUGUCUCAAAGAAAAAAGAGCAUCCAGGACUUCAGCAAGGGAUCACCCUGGAAGACUGGAUACUGA